AGACACCUCAACUCUGUCCGAUUCUUGUCUGGCCGAUUGUCUGACCGAUUCGUACUUUCUGCCGAUUCAUUGGUCUCAUCGACACACUGCUUCUUGCUCACCCUCAGCAGUCACGACCCCUCACUCGCUGCUGCCCCUGCUGCCUUGCCCCUCCUAUUCUCACGACCCCUCGGUGACCCCUCCUCCAGACCGAAACCAGCUUCAGGCACCUGAGGCCUCACACACACACACUCACACACACAACCGCCAUGGCGCCUACAAACCUCCUCGUCGGCAAGACGGCCAUCAUCUCGGGCGGCACAACGGGCAUUGGCCGUGCCAUUGCCCUCGAGUACCUCCGCCAGGGCGCCAACGUUGUCGUCAACCACCUCGGCCUCGAGAAGGACCAGCCUCACCUCGACUCGCUCAUCGCCGAAGCCGCGUCGGCGCCGGGCCGCCUCGCCCACCUGACGGGCGACAUCCGCGAGCCGGCGACGGCGGCGGCGACGGUCGAGCUGGCCGUGCAGCACGCGGGCAACGGGCGGCUCGACAUUUGCGUGUCCAACGCCGGCAUCUGCACGUUUGCCGAGUUUCUCGACCUGACGCCCGACCUGUUCACGCGGACGGUGCGCACGAACCUCGACGGCGCCUUCUACUUUGUGCAGGCGGCCACGCGCCAAAAGAUCUAUAUGUCUCCAUACGUAGAUAUAUAUAUCUAG